AUGAGACGCUCUGCUGCUCCCAGUCAGGCUGUUAACAAACAAACGGAAAAACGUCCACGAACGAUUGCAGAUACCACUACGUCUUGUCCCGAACCACGUCAGUUUGUUUCCAGCUAUCUUCAGCAUGAAGCUCAAAGCCCAUCAGUUUCGAAUCAGUCAGCAGUUACUUACUAUGAAGCUGUUUAUGCGAAAAUGUCUGCAAAAAAGCACAAAAAAUGGGAGGGAGAUGGUUUCAUCGUUAUUUCCGGCCGAAGUGUCAAGCUGAUAUCGGAAUCUGGCAAAACAAUAUCCUCAGGAUCUGGAAACAAACUUUCGUUCCUUAACAGUGUGGACGAAGGCUCCCUAGUCAAGGUUGGCGGUUUUGAAGCCGAGUUACUUUGUCGUAUUUCUGCGUCACUCUAUCAAAGUAAGGUGUUGGGUGUCUCAUCCGAAGUUGUCAAAGACGAGAGCUCUAACACAUCAGCGCCGCUGAAGUCCAGUUCUACUGUGGACUGUUCGUUACACGCUACUCCAGUGGAUACUCAAAACAACAAAGUUUCUUCACCAUACAAGGUCGUUAUAAACUCGGAUACAGGGCCGCCUGCAGACGCUUUGGUGAUGCGACGCCCUCCACUUCACUGUGUGUGGCUUCAGAAUCCCGACGGACUUCCCUUAACGGACGUGACAUUGAGUGCACAAUUGUCUCAUCGUCUUCGUCCACACCAGAAGGAAGGUGUACGAUUUUUAUACGACUGCCUCAUGGGAUUUAAUUCUCCUGAGUUGGUUGAAGCAUCGUCCAGUCAACCCAUUUAUGGUUGCAUUUUGGCAGAUGAAAUGGGCUUGGGUAAAACGGUGCAAGCCAUUGCCACGCUUUGGAUGCUUCACACACAAGGACCCUAUGGCGGACGUGCCGUUGUCCAGAAAUGCUUGAUUGUCACCCCAAGCUCCUUGAUCGAGGCGUACCUUGCUCAGGGCAAUCAUCCCGCGCCGGUAGUAAUUAUGUCUUACGAAAUGUUUUUGCAACAUUCAUCUGAAAUAUGCGGAAUUCCCAAUUUGGAUAUGGUCAUAUGCGACGAGGGUCAUCGAUUAAAAAAUGCUGGUAUCAAUACUUCACAGACACUACGAAAUUUACCGGCCAGACGCCGUCUCUUGCUCACCGGAACUCCGGUACAAAAUCAGUUGGACGAAUUGUGGUCCCUGGCCGAAUUCUGUGCCCCCGGCCGGNGACAGUUUGUGCUGACUCGAUCAAAUUCUCAUCACGGUUUGGACUCCGAUUCUGCGUCUGAAUCAAAAGAAACCCAAUCUCCUGCGUAUCGUUUAUCUCAGCUACUAAGUACCUUUCUGCUACGGCGCACUGUAGACGUGAUUCAAAAGGAACUGACCACAAAAAACGAAUUUGUCGUGUUUUGUCGUCCAAGUCCAAUACAAGCGCAACUGGAAUCGACCAUGCGUGACUGGAUACAAAAUGAGUUGAAUGUACCCUGUUUGGGCGUCUUCACGUCCCAGACCGAUCUAUCGAUAGCGACCAACGAGUUUGAAAUCCCUGAUCCGGAGACAGACUUCGAGGAAUGGGAGAACUUGGAUCCCGAUAUCCCGGUCUGUUCAGACAAGCGUCGGUCUCUUCAUCAAACUUUGUCGGAGAAGUUGCUAUCCGUCUUUGCCAAAUGGAACUACCAAUCUGGUGGCGCUGUUUGUUUCGAGCCGGAUCAAAACGUCACCGCACUCGAGAUUCACCAGACUAUUCAACAUUCGGGUAAAUUGGCCACCCUGGCUCACAUGCUGCACCGGUUGUUCCCUCAUAGUGGUCCCGAUUCUAAACACAAACUGGUUUUGGUAUCCAAUUUUACUCAAACACUGGAUUUACUUGAAGUUGUCUGCCGUACAUUGACUGGACUCACACCCCUAAGGCUUGACGGAAAAACUCCUAACAAGCGUCGUCUUGCUCUCGUUCAAGAGUUCAACGAGCGUGCAUCCUCUGCUCGUGAGUUUUAUCAUCACUUUUCUCUCUCUUUCGGUGGUGGUUAA